AUGAAGCCCAGUAGCCGCCUCGUUCCCGUGUCUACACUGCUUUUGCUGUCGGCAUGGACAGGCACAGUCCUAGCCGACGACACCAUCAGCGGCACAAAGAUCAAAGUGCAGCUCUUUGCCGCACCCUCGUUUCUGAGCGAAGUCAGUGUUGACGCGUAUAAUAACCAGUGUCUCUCGCUGGAUAAUAAUCUCAUCGAUGGGCGCGUACAAAGUAUCUUAGUAGGCGGACACGACGUCAAGGCUGUGUUGGAUAGGGAUGAUUACUGGAGCUGUCGGUUUUAUGACAAUUACGACUGCAGCGGCGACGAAAACAUGGAUCAGUUCCUCGCUAUUUCCGAUGGCGCGAAUAACCUCGGGAGUGUGGGUUGGGGGACAAAGAUACAUGGGUUGAAGUGCAGUAAUAAGGAGCACGAGGACGACUGA